UUUCGUCUCUUUUUACUUUUUUUUCCUCCGUUCUUUCUUUUUUCUCUUUUAUUUUUUGCUGCUUUCGUAUCAACAAAAAGCUUUACGGACAAACGACGCACACCGCACACAGCAACACACACAGCGCUUGUGGAUGUAUUUUCACUCAUCCAGCUACCGUCACGAGAAAUACGCAGCGCUCCGCUCGUCUGCUGCUCGGGUCGAUUCUAAAAAGGAUUCUAGCACAAAGAAGCGCUCGUCUUUAUCAUCCAACACAUCCGGUGCCGACAGCGGAUACACCUCCUCGGCAUCGUCGUCGCCUAAUGCAACACAGCCCUCUCCGAUCAGUUUGCGGGCAGCCGCUGAAGAGCAGCAGCAGCAUCAGCAGCAGCAUCAGCAGCAUCAAGCAUCAAGUAGCAAUGCUGCUUCUGCUGCUGCUGCCACCAGUCAGCAAACCGAUAGCAGCACACAACCAGUAGCGACGCCCAUCGUCAGAAAGCAACCCAAGAAAAAAUCAAGUCGUACAAAAGCCCAUUUACAGCAGCAGCAGCAGCAGCAACAAACAAGACAGCCAGAUCUCGUCUACUCCUGCCCUCGACCCUUGGCCUUCCCCUUCCACAACGAUGCCCAUUUCCUGCCUGUAGCAGAAGCAGAUCCAAGAGACGUGGCGCGCGUAGCACCGUCCACGCCAGGCACCGCCAACAGCUCUAGGAGACAAUCUGCAGCAUCCAGCAAAGCAUCCUCACUUGCUUCGUCCAGCCAGUUUGAUCAGCACAGUGCAUAUCGGUAUCACCGCUCCCUCCGUUCCAAGUCCUCGUCGAUCCACGACAAUGAUGUUGAUUUCGGUGAUACCGAAACGCUCCGCAGCCAGCGUUCGUCCUCUGCCUCGAUUAUCAGCUCCAUGCAUCGAGGCACCGUCCGAUCCCUGCGGUCGUUGUUCCAAAUACCCACCCCACACCAUCCGCCAUCGCACCAUCAUCCGCCACAGACACCACGGUCAUCCACUUCGUCAUCCAUGCCGCCAGCAUCACGCCAGUCGUCGAUCCACAGCACAUCAGCAACAGCACGGCCUGAAAUCAAAAGGGGAACAGUUCAGUCAAUUAAAGAAAUCUUUUCCUCGUCCUCGUCAGAUAUCACAACGUCCAACAAUCUGGCCAUCGCCGAACGGAAUGCUCAGGCCAAUAGUAAAACGUCGCGUUUGUUGGGUCGCUUGUCGCCCAAUCGUUUCAAGCACUCUCACCACCAACAACAACAGCAACAGCCAUCAUCACGGCAGCAGCAGCAGCAGCAGCAGCAGCAGAGAUCGCGAUCAUCCUCUGUUGUUUCUGAUGCCACGACGUUGUGUAAUAAACCAUUACCCAAAUCACCCAAGACUACAACUGAUACAUCACCAUCCAUGGAUAAGCUGCUGGCAUCUGCACCUGCAGUACCUAGCAAGCCACCUUCAUCGUCAGCGUUUGCUAGCUUUAAGCGAAUGUUCACGCGAGAAAAGAAAAAGUCACCAUCAUCAGCAUCAUCAGCAUCUCCACACGCAUCAUCCACAGUUACCACUACAACCACACCAUCACCACGUACUAACACAACGCCACAAUCACCGGCACCGCCACAACAGCAGCCACCAAAACCCCUGCGUCGUUCGCUUUUGGCUACGUGGUUACGUCCUGAUCCAACACCCAAAAAGAAGGGUCCAUUGAUGACUGGCCCACCACUCCCCAAGCAACAACCAAAGCCAUCUUCGACGACAACGACAGCAGUUGAGGAAUCCUCUGCUAACUCUGAUGCGACGGCCAACAAGGUAGUCGACCAACAGCAAGCACAAGAGGAGCAAGAGCCACCAACAGUUGUGGGUCGUUUGUGGAAAAGCUUCAAGCGCAUGGUCACUGGUAAAAAGACGUCGCGUGUUGGCGUCCUGUAAUUUUGUAUUAUUUUCUUCUUUUUUUGUAUCAAUAACUUUUAACCGUAUGCCCUACACCAACCACUGUAAAAAAAAGACGUCUUUACUCAUAUAAAAAAAAAAAAAGGAGAAAAAGGAAUUCGCUUUCUUUUUUCUUUCUUUUUUUUUGUUUCUUGUAUACCACUCAAAUUCACACUCGCACUCUUAAAAUAAGCCCUAAAACCAGUUUGUAUUUUAUUUUGUUCUCCUCUCCUUAUAUGCCCUCAACCACACUACCUAUUACCCAUCCAUACACACUCACACACUAAACACACUUUUUCUUACUCUCACUACUAUGAUGGACAUUCGUCCCUCCUUUUUUUGUGGAAAAAAAAAAGCUCAACAUAAGCCUUUUGAUUAUCAGUAAUAAUAAACGUAUAUUACCUCCUUUUGUUAUAUA